AUGGCGUGUCCCCAGCACCACGACAGCCUCCUUCCCUCCCAGGGCCUCCUCUGGCUCCUGCUGCUGGGCCUCGGGCUCCUGCAUUUUGUAAGCUCUAGCAACUGUGGAAGGCCCCCAACAUAUCCCAGCAUGGAGCUCAUGGGCCCUUUCAAAUACAUGUACGUUCUUGGGGACCAUGUAAACUAUCGGUGCAAACCUGGAUUCCUGAGUCGCCCUGUGUUUAUCACCCUUUCAGUUUGCGGUCCUUCUGGUAAGUGGACACCUGUGUCCAUGGAUGCCUGUUACAAAAAAUCAUGUGAUCUCCAGGUGGAUCCUGUUAAUGGACAGGUAAUUCUACUAAACAAAAGUUACGAGUUUGGAACACAAAUACAAUUCUCUUGCAAUGAUGGUUUUUACUUAACUGGAAAUGAAAUUCUCCAUUGUCUACUGAAUGGAUCAGAUGUGAAGUGGAGCGGCAGAGCCCCAGUGUGUGAGAAGGUUUUGUGUCAGCCACCCCCAAACAUACCAAAUGGGGGCUACUCGCGUCACAAGGAUGUGUUUGAGUAUCUGGAGGUCGUCACAUAUGCUUGUCAUCGCAGUCCUGGAGAGGAGGAGCUCUCACUGGUUGGCGACCGCAGGCUCUACUGCCUCGGCAAGGACCUGUGGAGCAGCCCGCCCCCUGAGUGUAAGGUGGUCAGCUGUCCACACCCUGUAGUACCCAAUGGGAGACAGACAGCAGGAUUCAGAGUGAAGCACCACUACAAAGCCAGGGUUAAGUUCGAGUGCCAUCAGGGCUUCUUCCUUCACGGGAGUGACACAGUUGUCUGUGCGGCUGAUGGCACGUGGCAGCCCCCAGUUCCACAUUGUGAAGACACCCCACCUCCUGCCACCAGUAAGGUCCUGCAUGCUAGCCGAAGGUCUCCAAACUCCACCAACUCCAGAUCCAACCAAGAGACCUCCAGGUCUCAGCGUGCAAAAGGGUGGGUGCCGGCCCUGAGUGUGGUCUACGUCAUCGGGAUCAUGAUACUGUGCACAUGCCUGUACAGAUUUAUUCGAAGCAAGAAAUAA